CCAAAUCCGCUCGUGGUCCUCCGCGGCGCAGGGAGAGUCUCGCCAGCUCCCGGGCGGCUAGAGCGUCCGCCCGCGCUCUGUCGCGUUCCAGGUGACGGCGCCGCGGAGGCUGUCGGGAAGUAGGCGGGGUGACGUGAGGUGGACGAGCCCGCGGCGGGUUUGCCGAGCUCUGUGGCCGGCGCUGGCAGGAGCGAGGGCCGGGGCUCCCGGAGCCGGAGGUGGAGCGGGGCGGCGCGCGGCCGGGGCCAUGACGGGCAAUGCCGGGGAGUGGUGCCUCAUGGAGAGCGACCCCGGGGUCUUCACCGAACUCAUUAAAGGAUUUGGUUGCCGAGGCGCCCAAGUAGAAGAAAUAUGGAGUUUAGAGCCUGAGAAUUUUGAAAAAUUAAAGCCAGUUCAUGGGUUGAUUUUUCUUUUCAAGUGGCAACCAGGAGAAGAACCAGCAGGCUCUGUGGUUCAGGACUCCAGACUGGACACAAUCUUUUUUGCCAAGCAGGUAAUUAAUAAUGCUUGUGCUACUCAAGCCAUAGUAAGUGUGUUAUUGAACUGUACUCAUCAAGAUGUCCAUUUAGGAGAGACAUUAUCAGAGUUUAAAGAAUUUUCACAAAGUUUUGAUGCAGCUAUGAAAGGUUUGGCGCUGAGUAAUUCAGAUGUCAUCCGACAAGUGCACAACAGUUUUGCCAGACAGCAAAUGUUUGAGUUUGACGCUAAGACAGCAGCAAAAGAAGAAGAUGCUUUUCACUUUGUCAGUUAUGUUCCUGUUAAUGGGAGGCUGUAUGAACUAGAUGGGUUAAGAGAAGGACCGAUUGACUUAGGUGCAUGCAAUCAAGAUGACUGGAUCAGUGCAGUGAGGCCAGUCAUAGAAAAAAGGAUACAAAAGUACAGUGAAGGUGAAAUUCGAUUUAACUUAAUGGCUAUUGUGUCUGACAGAAAAAUGAUAUAUGAACAGAAGAUAGCAGAGUUACAAAGACAACUUGCUGAGGAACCCAUGGAUACAGAUCAGGGCAGUAAUAUGUUAAGUGCUAUUCAGUCAGAGGUUGCCAAAAAUCAGAUGCUUAUUGAAGAGGAAGUACAGAAAUUAAAAAGAUACAAGAUUGAAAAUAUCAGAAGGAAGCACAAUUAUCUGCCAUUCAUUAUGGAAUUGUUAAAGACUUUAGCAGAACACCAGCAGUUAAUACCACUAGUAGAAAAGGCAAAAGAAAAGCAGAAUGCAAAGAAAGCACAGGAAACCAAAUGAAGAAGAUGCUUUGGGAUGUGCAUACAUUUCUGCUUCUGCGCUUAUCUUCAUGGAAACCAUUAAGUAUAAAGAACCUUGAGCAACUUUCUCACUGACUCAGUGCACGUGUGGCAGUAGUGCCAGUCUGUCUUGUCGUUAAUGCAUGGAUCCAUAAACUCUCCCUACCUGCAUCAUAUGCAUGUGGUGCGUGCUCAAUAAAAGCGGUGUUCAGAGCGCUUGCCCAGAUUCCAUUAUUUGACAUUGGAUCUGAGCACUCCUGUUGGUUCCUUGGGUAGAUAACUGCCAUAAUGAACCUAGAAAAUGGACAAAUGCUAUUCUCUACCUGUAAUUGUUAUAAUUAAUCUUUCAUUCAAUCUUCCCCCUCAGUUAAAUACUUAAAAUUUAUAAAUGUCAGAUCUUGAUUAAACUGAAUCUCUCUUCUUCUCAUCAUUAAUGAAAAAAAAUCAAUAUUUCUAUCUUAUAGUAUCUUAAGUAUUUUGAAGAUUUAAAAAUGAUUUUAUCUUCUAUACAAUUAUUUAAAAAAGCUUGAUUUUUUAAGCAGAUCAUUGAAAAGAACAAAAGUAUAAUUUCUAGUGAUUUUCAUUGCUACCAGUAGAAAAAGUAAUAAACAUCCCAAUUUUAUUUUAGCAAACAUUUUUCAGUGUUUGGAAUUAUUUAUGUAUUGUAGAAUUGUCUCAGGAAGGUGUAUUAUGCGUCAAAGCAAAAGUUUAGAUUAAGAGCAAAUUGUGAAAUCUUCAAGAUUUUGGGUGUUACUCAGUUUGGCAACAUUUUUUCAAGCUGUAUCUUUAUAAAAAAUCAAAGGUUGAUCAA